AAGAGCAGGAGCGGGCAGCUGCACCGGGACACAGCGAAACGCGAGCAGCGCGGAGAACGGGCUCGCCAUGUUGGUGGUUGUGAUGGGCGUGAGCGGCUCGGGGAAGACCACGGUUGGGGAGCAGCUGGCGGCGAAGCUGGGAUGGAAAUUCUAUGAUGCUGACGAUUAUCAUUCACCAGAGAACAGAAAGAAGAUGGCAGAAGGAAUACCACUAGAUGAUGAGGACAGAAUUCCCUGGCUUUGUGCAUUGCAUGAUAUACUAAGGAGAGAAGACUUAUCUGGACAACAUGCAAUUCUUGCCUGUUCUGCGCUGAAGAAGAUGUAUAGACGUAUAUUAGUUUGUGGAGCAAUUGAAAACAAUCAGCCAGAGCAACCAGGAGAAAACUCAGCACUGAAGAUCCUCUUUGUACACUUGGAUGGGCCUAUAGACAUCAUUGCUGGCCGCCUGGAAAAAAGGAGAGGACAUUUUAUGCCACCUGAACUUCUCAGGUCACAGUUUGAUACCCUCGAGCCUCCUAGUGCACCAGAAAACUUUAUUACUGUCAGUGUAGAAAAAUCUCUGCCUGAAAUAGUGCUGGAGAUUAAAAGAGCCAUUUUUCAGUGUGAAGCUUCUCUGGAGUGAGAUACACAGAAUUAUGGAUUGGAUAUAUUAGAUAUAUUAGAACUAUGGAUUAGAUACACAGAAAUACCCUUAAGGAUAUCAAGGGAAUGGAAGGGCACUUUAAUUAUUUAGUUAAUUAUUAAAUCAAAACUACUUGUUUUCCCUGAUACUUAAAUGGAUUGCAAUACUCAGAGCUGCUUUAGUACUCCUGACAUUUUUGUCAUACCUCUGUAAAACACACAUAAGGUGAAAUUUAAAAAAACACUCAAUUUUUUAAAUCCUUGUAAGGUUAGGAAGAGCUUGUGUUUGGAAACCCUGCUAAGGUCACACAAAACACUUUGUUCCCUUCAUUUUAAUUUUUAAUCUGUCAAAUGUGGAGAUGGGCACAUUGGCUGCUAAGUGAUUAAAUAAUUUAUAGCUUUGUUAGGAACAGUACAUUUAUUUUUCUAGAAGUACAAGAGGCAGGAACAUGCAUGAUGACAUUCCAUGUCUGACACUGCCAGUCUCAAGUUGUAGCUUCUGUGGUUGUGUUCUUGCCAACCUCACCAGAGCACUGGUGAUUCCAUGAGAGCUUUUGUGAAUUCUUACUGCAUGCAUUCAAUACUAAGCUGAAAAACGUGAGAAAAAAGAUAGUGGAGGUGA